UAACCGCUUGUCCACAUGCAGGAGAAGAUGACCGCAGCCGACGAGACGAAGCUGUCGUUCGUGGCAGGCGACUGGUUGACGAUGGCCCAGUCCGGUCCGGAGACGGCACCGCGGCCAUUGCUACCGCAGCAGCCGGAUCCGGCGCCGGUGCUGCUGCGGUGCGACCGGUGCCCGUACUCUGCGCCGGACGCCGGCUUCCUAGAGGUCCACCUGCGGGCCCACUCGCUGGAGCGGCCAUACGCAUGCUCCGAGUGCGGCAAGGGGUUCGCGCUCGCCACCCACCUGCGCAACCACCAGCGGACGCACACGGGUGAGCGGCCGCACGCCUGCGACGAGUGCGGCCGGCGGUUCGCGUGGACCGGCGGCCUACGGCGGCACCAGCUGGUACACACGGGUGAGCGGCCGCAUGCGUGCGACGAGUGCGGCAAGGCGUUCGCUCGCUCGGCCCAUCUCCAGAACCACCGUAGGACCCACACGGGCGCGAAGCCGCACGCCUGCACGGAGUGCGGCAAGGCCUUCACGUGGCCCGGCGCGCUGCUGCGCCACGGGAGGACGCACACGGGUGAGAGGCCGUACGUGUGCACCGUGUGCGAGAGGGCCUUCGCGCAGUCCGAUCACCUGCGCAACCACCAGCGGACGCACACGAGUGAGAGGCCGCACACCUGCGACGAGUGCGGCAAGGCCUUCUCCUGGCUCGGGGCGCUGCAGCGCCACCAGCGGAUACACUCGCGGGAUGGGAAAGGAAGGGCCGAGCUGGCGGGGGAGGCCGUGGGGACAGGUGAUCACCGCACUGGUGCCGCUGUUCCUCCUGUUCCUCCUGUUCCUCCAUCGGACAGGAUGUGGCUACUAAAGGAGCACUCCCAAGAGCGCGACGGGUCGAAAACCGCGAUGGGCGGUGACGUCACGCGGCCCAGGCAAAGAAGGAGUUGGCGCCUCGCGUCUGCCAGGGAGGAGAAAAAAACCCCAAAAAACGGAAAGAUGAAAGAAGAGACGAGGAUCUCGUGUCCUGUGUGCGGCUUGGUGCUGGUGAGCCAGCCUGUCCUCGAGGACCACAUCAAGCAACACGGCAGGUGGUCCAAACCCGCGAUGCACCAGUGCGAGGAGUGCCUGUAUAGCACCGACAACCAGAGCAGACUCAACAUCCACCUGAGGAUCCACACGGGUGAGAAGCCGUACGUGUGCACCGUCUGCGACAAAGCGUUCACGCAGUCGGGGGCGCUGCACAACCACCAGAGGACGCACACGGGCGAGAAGCCCUACAAGUGCACCAUGUGCGGCAAGGCGUUCACUCAGCUCGGAGCGCUGAACAACCACCUGAGAACCCACACGGGCGAAAAGCCCUACAAGUGCACCGUGUGCGGCAAGGCGUUCACCCAGUCGGGCGCCCUUCGUAACCACCAAAGGACGCACACGGGCGAGAAGCCCUACAAGUGUUCGGUGUGCGAGAAGGCGUUCACCCAGUCGGGGGCGCUCCACAACCACCAGAGGACCCACACGGGUGAGAAGCCCUACAAGUGUUCGGUUUGUGGCAAGGCCUUCACGCAGUCGGGGGCCCUGCACAGCCACCACAGGACCCACACGGGAGAGAAGCCUUUCAAGUGCUGUAUGUGCGGCAAGGCAUUCACCCAGUCCGAAAACCUGCACAAGCAUCAAAUCACCCACACCAGUCUCCUGUUCACGACCUUAAACUUCACAACUCACGCAAUCAAGAAUUAGGUUAAAAAAAAUUACAAGCCGUGAAGGGGGCACGUGACAAUUAUUUGAGAUUUAAAACAAAUUAUAGUUCGAGAUCUAAUAAUAGGAAGGAAAUUCGUCUCGUCAAGAAAUUCAACGUGACAGUUAAAGCAGAGGUUGGGCAUCUUCAAGCUCUGACAUUUGGAAGGAAAACAUAAAAGGCGACAUUUAAUAUUUUCGGGAAGGAGAAAUAUGUUAUCGGAACGUUUCUGAAUGUUUUCCAAGAACGCGGGAAUGUUGCAACCAAGAAUUGUAUUGAAUGGCCCGAUGAUGCAGACUGGAGACCCGGAGUAAACAUUCUCAGGUUUGGUUUGCGAACUUUGCUCGAUGUUUCACCAAACCUUGAAUUAACGAGGCAGAUGGGUAGGGCCCCAGCUUGGAGCAAUUCUUCCAGCUUAGUUUUGGCUAAAACAAAGUGGCGGCAACCGACAUCUCGAUUGAAACGCACCUAUUGUGGAAAGCAUUUGCUGUCGAUUUCAAUUCAAAAUUAUUACUCACGUGAUGGGAUUCUGCACGAACAGCGCACAUACCAUGCUGGCCAUUGGAGCAUGUGAUUGCCUCUUUUUAACUGACAAGUUGUGUUUCCCAUUUUUUUAAACACUUAUUGGGAAAACCUUAAAAAGUCUACAUCUUUGACACUCGUAACUGGCUGGCGAUGAGAAUUUCAUAAGGCACAGCCUUAGUUUCCUUUCCGCUGUUUGAUGCCAAAUAGCGGUAAUCCUUGCAGGUGCGUGGAGUCUUUUGGGAACACAGACAUCGCAAAUAGUUGCGAUCGAUGGGCGUCGAUUCACGUGGCCAUGUGGACCGCUGACAGAGGAAGGACUAUGAGGAUUCUCCAACGUCCUUACCCGCACCGAGUCGGAAGACUAAUUUCGCAGGAGGGUCUUGCUGUGGGAGGAAACGGGGGAAAACCCACCUGUACAAGAGGUGAAUGCUCAAACUUCAGAGAACACAUGCUCAAGAGGAUGUGAAAAUUCGGCAGACGAUUUCAAUCUUGCAAGACGUCUCCACAGCAGUGUCUCUCUGCUUAAACGUUUUACGGGAUAGCACUCGGCUCCAUUUGAGUGACUAUCUUAACAAUGACCAGAGUGCUGGGCGGCUAAGUUGGCACAGUCGGAACUGGAGUGUCUCCCGUUGUCUUUGUCUCCCCGCUAUCGCCCUUCACUCUUUCUUCCUCGCACAGUCGAUGGAAAGUCCACAUAGGGUCAAUCACUGUUGAGUUCCCACACAGUAAUAAUUUUGUUAUCUCUGGAAGCACGCGACGGACUGCGCUUGUUUUCCGGUCGGGAAUUGACCUUAGGAGCCCACUGAGCUAUGUAGUUCUUUUUCAGAAGCGACCUGGCCACAAAUGAUAGUGCAACGAAGUGGGCUUAUCACGUUGAAAUUUAUGGCAGCAGCCAAAUAUUCUUAACGCACAUUUUUUAAUGUGCAAGGAAAAACCGGAGUGCCCGGAGCAAAAUCCACACGGCUACGGAAAGAACAUAUACAGGCGUCAGGGUUAGGAUCUAAUCCAUGACCUCCUGUAUACCAGGCGAGGUAGUAACAUCUCGUCACCAGGCCAGUGCAAGAAGUGAGUUGCAGACAGUCUGGAUAAAGAUUAAAACCCGGGGUUAAUAUGCAUAGCUAAGCAGUCACCUGGGCAUGAAACCAAUGUAGAACAAAAUAGGUGUUUGGAGGAUGCAGUGGCUGCAUUCCGUGGGCACUGAUCAAUCAUAAUUUGUUGAACCGAAUGGGCAGAACAGACUGCAAGGCAAACGAUAUAUACGCGUGAACACUGGGCAGGAUGAUUAAAUUCAACUCCUGAAUUUGCCUAAAGCAGUGCAUGGCUAGAAUCAGUUCUGACAACCACGGUGGAUUUCCAAAUCGAAUCGCAACAUCAACAAAUCCUGAUGCUUUAUCAAAAUCGUAACCUGGUGGGGGCUGGCAGGGUAGCCGUGGCGGGAUGAUUACACGUCUAGUUUAUACUGCGGAGAAAACCCACGGGAAAGAGACAAUUUCUUGGAGAAAGUCUUGAGUGGCAGAGAAUCACUCUGCGAUGGUAGAGAAAAGCCACUCGUGGAAAGAGAGUACCCAAGACGUUCGAGAACACCCAUGUGCGUGCAUGUAUCUUGAGAGAAGGACUGUUGAGCUCCUGACAAACUCUUAAUGGGCUAGGAGACGCUCACAAUCUACGGAGGAAUUGCAGUGAAUUUCCUCAACAGAGUGCGUAGACGUGUCGUAUGGGCAAUACCUGAUGCGGAAACCCCAGAGAGAGUGAGCCCCUGGCCUGUCACAGACGAGACCUUUCUCGGCUCUCUCCACCAAGCAAUCGCCAAAUUCAAAUCCACCGCCUUCUGUAAAUGGAUGAGGAUGGGUCGGGGUGGAAAAAAAUUAGUGCAGCAGGCUGGAGACAAAUGGGUUUCCCCAGAGCUCAAGGCACUGGUGAACUUUGAUGACUGCAGCAGUGAUGAGCCUUAAGAAGAAAGAAACUGGACUACAGUUGUCCAUUUUAUCGCUGCCAAAUUGGGAGGGCUUCAUGUUCAACUCUUCGAGCCACACACUUGGUUAAAAGCCACAUGUUUAGCUUUUCAGCUGGCUGGUCUAGACAUGGCUGAGAACAUAAUUCAAUGGGGUGGUCACAUGACACACCCGCAAGUCGUAUUGGGAGUCGCGCCUUCCUGCUUGUUUCGAAAGCACACCUUUGCGCGUCUUUUAAAAACGAUCGGAUUCUUCUCCAAAUUUCUGGAAAAAAACACAAUGGCAACCAAACAAUUUGGAUGUAUAAGUACCCUUUGAGUGGGACCGCAUGCUGCAAGGAAAACAUGUUCAUUGAAACAAAAAGAGAGCGGUCACCCUUCCAACAAACCCAUGACAGGGCCUGGAAGAGCCUCACCAUCACCGUGUAAGAGGUGAACACUGGAGUGCUUCUUGACAUAUGGAAGAAGAGCUCGGAGAUCCUGGAGAAAUCACCAGCGCGCAAGAGGAAACAACAAACACUGGUGGAGGAAAACCCACACGGACGAGAGGAUGCCUGAGCCGUAGCGGAUUUGCACACCCCACCCCACGGUGUAGAGGUUCGUGGUUUGAACCUGCAACCGCCUUGGUUAAUACUGUCGACAUUAAGCUGAAAUCCAUGCUGUCGGCUUCACAGUGGACAUCGGAGACAACCUGUGACUUAAUUCGAAAAAGAGCAGGCCACGUGUGUGUGUGCCAGCGUCACGAUCCAAAUUUAGAGCGGUGACUCAACGGUUGACCCAACUGGGCAGAAUAAACAUGUGGCAGCGGCGCGCCUAUUUUACCGGCAGACUUUACUUGUACGCGAAACGCGGCGCCUCCGUGAUAGGCCCUCUGUGAUGAUAAAUUGGCGCGAAAUACCAAAUGUGAUGACGAUCGGUUAAAUUACACUCUCGCUCUGGCACCGGAGCUAAUGCAGCAAAGUCUAGAUUUGUGGUCGCGCAUGGAGACGUGUGCCAUGUCUCGAGAUUCCGCAACAAAUGUGAGUGUAUCGUGUGUGCAGUAUAUUUUUUACGAUGAGGUGCGGCCGGAAACUUCAUGGAGAAGUUUGGUCAUAGGCAGAAGAGAAGAGAAAAUGGGGAUGGCAGGAGGAAGCGAGCUCCUGAACCACGGAGGGGGAAUUCUAGGUCCAUGAGGUCAACAGAAGAGAAGGAGCGCCCAUUCCCUUUGAAAAGAGACUGACUUUAGGUGUUAACGGAACAUUCACAACUCCGGGGGAAGAUAGACCUGCCGAGCUCCUGGGUAGGAAUUGAAGCAAGCUGCCCGUGAUAACACUGGUUUUCUCAAGUGUUAGUGAGUGGAUAGUCUCAACCUGGUGACCUAUGAGCGCACAAAAAAAACCGCAAGAACAUUAAGUGAGUUGACUGAAUUCCAGCUUCCCGGUCAGUGAAAAUAUUGGUUUGGCUGGAAUGCGACAAACAUUCUCAGUGGCAAAGCAGGUGGGAAAGUGCUGUCGCCAAAUUGUUUGGAUCAGAUGUCAUUUGAAUGGAUUUCAUGAGGUAGCUCUGUUAUAUCCGCUUCUGUGGGCUGGAAGCAGGAGUCACGUGAAGGGUUUUUACUGGCAACUGUGAGAGACGAUCUGCGUGCGUGGAUUAUUUCGUCUCACGAUGCCGAUGGCAUCCGAUCGGGAUGAACUGGGGGGUCGGAAAAGACUUAAAAAAAAAUGAAAGGCCGGCAUAAUAGAAGAGGGCACUUGCACCCUUGGGUGAAUGCCGCGUAUGAUUACAUUUUCUUCAGUUUUUACUGAAAACAUCGACAACCGUGGAAUCCCGUUCCAAGAUCAGCGUGCGUGUAAAGAGCGUCCUCUCGUUAACCGCGCGAUAAACCUUUGUGAAGCACGUGCCACGUGGCAGCACGUGGCAGCACGCGCCGGCGUGAAAUCUGUUCCAUUGUAGACCUGAGCUCUUCACAGCCACACAAGGUGGCUUUUUCUUUCACUGGUAACAAGACACAAAGGAAGCCCAGCGCCAGGGCUCAAACCUAGGUUCUCAACAGUGAGCGCCUUGAUGUUGUAUGACGGACAUCAUUUUAGCAAUUCAUCUUAUCUCAUAUAGAGUAUGUAUAUAUAAUUCAAUACAGUAUAAUAUCACAAAGUGUGUUGUGCUAUGCUUGCAGUAUAAUCACUUGCUAGACUCGAAUUGAGCAGUGUCCUGCAUUGGGUUGUUUGGCCAAAAUCCUCUUUGCAAGAUUGUUUUUGCAUCUGGAAUUACACCCGAAGUGGCCACAUAGAAGAACCAAUUGUAAACCUGAGAAGUCCCACACGUGGAGACAUCUCUUACGGAGGGGGGGCGUACAGACGAGCCUGCGGGAAAACCUGUCUCGUUGCUCCGCCAAUGCAGAUUAAUCUAGGGCUCUUAUAUGGUUGAAAGCAACUCCUGGUGGUGCCACAUCUGGGACAGAUGACGCAUCAUGGACAAUGAACAAAGCUCGUGGGAGACUGCACCCCAAUGCUACUGGCAGAACGUAUUGCUAGUAGGGAGACUGGUGAUGGAGCUGUAUAUUUGCGCGUGUGUGUAUGUGUGUGCGUAUGCAGUUGAGCUGUAGUAUAGUGGUUUGUGCUUUACUAUGAACCCAGUAGCUAUAGAGUAAGAUUCUCGGCCACAGCUAACGCACAGUGUCCUAAAAGUGCCCUGCGUUCAGGAAGACUUGAACACAGUUUGACCAGGUGUAAGGCCCAGGACUAUGCAACGUAGUAGCUCUUUUUAAGAAGCGACCUGGCUAUCACAAAUGAUAGCUCGCAAAGUGGCUUAUCAUGUGUAAAUGUAUAGCAACUAAAUACUCUGAACGCAUGAUGUUUAUUCUCAAUGUGGAGGGAAAAAUCGGAGGAGCCAGAGAAAAAUCCACGCGAUCACUGGGAGAGAGACACGCAAACUUCAAAUAUACAGCAAGCGUCAGGGUCGGGAUCGAACUCACGACCUGCAUACCAGGCGAGGGAGUUAACAUCGAGCCACGUCCGGAUGACCACACCAGUCAAUCCAGACCUAUCGAAGAGGGUGCCCAGGACCGGUUUAGAUAUCGCUUGGCACGGAUGUGAUGUGGUAAGCCUUGGCCGUGAAUCGAACUCGGGUGACCAGGUUCGUAGUGCAGUGAAGCUAUCGUGCCGCUGUAUUCGCUCUGUGUUGCCGUAUGUUGAACUUCUUUCGCACCGUAUGUAGCCAAACAUGCUCAUCGAAGGUGCGGGGGAAGGAUGAAUUCGCUCGUUUGAAACAUUAUAAUGUUCAGUAAACUCUUAAGUGAGAGGGCAGACAAUCGGGGUUAGGGUUGAGCAUAGAGGGUGGGUCCUAAGCUGAAGUUCUUGUCACGUACUACCCACGUGACCCUGCGUCACGUUCCACACCAGUGGUGUGAACACGGACAGGUUACAACGUAAGGGCACGUGGAGUUCACUCGAAGCAAGUUAAAACCAGUAUCCAGUGUAACCCACCCACCCUUGCUCCCUGGUAUUGCACGUGUGUAUAGUUCAUCGUGGGGGGGGGGGGCAUGAACCCGCUGUUGUGUGUGCGGUGUGGUUAAAAACUAAACUUUUAUUAUUUUACCAGGUAAGGCCCACUACUGAGCUAUGUAGCUCCUUUUCAGAAGCUACCUGGCCACAAAUUAUAGCCCAACGGAGUGGCUUUUUGUGUGGACCUUUAUAGCAGCCAAAUACUCUCAAUGCAUGUUCUAGAUGUGGAGGGGAAACCCGGAGGUCCCGGAGAAAAAUACACACGACCACGGGGAGAAUAUGCCAACUCAAAAUGUACAGGUGUCAGGGUCGGGAUGGAACCCACGACCUCCUGCAUACCGGACGAGGUGAUUAACAUUUUGCCACCGUCACAUCCACAGACAUAUGUUGUGAUUUGCGUUCGUAUUUCAUUCGUGUUCUGAGUUCUUUGUCUUUCUAUCGUUUGUCCAAAAUGAAUGUGUGGGCGCCAUGAAAAAUAGCUCGGCUGUCAACUCUCUCCACAUUCGCUUGCCCUCCGCAGCCUUUGGCCGGUCGAUUUUAUUUGUUUGACGCGGGUAAAUAAAUAUUCGGCCUUCAGCUUCUUUUACCAGAAUGACCCGCCGGAGGACCUCGAUGGAAUAAAUAUAUUAUAUAUGUAAAGUUACAGCAGCUUAUAACUCGUAACGUUGCAGACACUUGAGCAUAGCAAACACAUUGGAGGAAAACAACGUUCAAGUAAAACUGGAAGAUGAUGCACAUCAUCAACACUCCGAUUAGCAUGUUUGGCUCCGUACGGUGUGAAAGAAGGUCUUCAGCACCAAGUCCGUGAACUGCACGUGCAGGAAUGCAGUGCAUGAUCAGAAAUAUAACACCAAAUUGUGCGAAUUUCGCUCACCGGAUGUGCAAGACAAGUGGAUAUCUUAAAUUAAGGAAAUAUAUUUUUUAAAAGGCCCAUUGUACUGUCGAGUAGUUGUCUCUGUAAUCACGUUUGUCAUCUUCUGCAUUUUUGUUCCCUUCACACCCUGUGAGGUGAUUGUGUAGUUGCCUUUUAUUGCCACGUGACCAAACCAUUGCAGAUUCAUUGUAUCAUUAUUCAGAGCUGUCAACGGUGGUCUGUGAAGCUCACCGUUCUAACGUUUCGCAAAAAAAAUUCAACAGUUUUGCAGGGCCCCUUGUACCACCGUGCAGUGGUAUGUAUUCGCUGGUGGUGUGGUUAUUGCCCCUGGAGGAAAUUGCACGUUACCAUGACGAGCAUUUGUCUAUCUAAUUUGUACAGCUGUGGCAGGUGUUAUUUAUUUUACACAUCCUGGAAAGAUGAUGGUGGGAGUGCUGAUGACUUUUGUGAUGUUUGUGGUUAUGAUGAUGAUUAUGGUGGUGAUAUCAUGAGGGUGGGAAUAAUGGUAAUUUUAGUGGUGGUGAUAGUAUAAUGCUAGUGGUGUUGAUUAUGUUAUCGGUAAAUCAACCACGGCUGCGAUUUCAACUCGCACUCACAGAAGCGACUUCUCGUCCGUAUUUUGUGGUCAAAAGUGCACUUUAUUUUACUUGACCACUCGCAGGAGCCCACGUGUAGGCGUUUGCUCAUAGAAAUCCGUCUCGGGAGGCGUGUGUGUUGAACUUCUUUCGCACCGUACGUAGCCAAUCACUAAUCGGAGGUGCGGGUGUGCUGGAGGGGCCUGGUUGUGAUGUUCCAGCCAAUAACGUCUGUACGAUAUUCUGACGUCAGAGGGCCAGUGAGUGGAGAGGUUGCACUCGCCAAUUCCCAUCACCCCUGUGUGCAUGUAUGUACGUAUGUUGAACUUCUUUCAUGCCUUACGUAGCCAACAGUGCUAAUUGGAGGUGCGGGGGUAAGUACAAAAAACAACACAACAACAAGCAGUUCUAAAGAAAUUAGUUUUUCAAUCCAGAUUUAAAAGUGCAUAGCUCCAGUGAAUUACUAAUAUCGGAAGGAAGAGCAUUCCAGACGGCCAUAGAAGCAGUGCAUCUGAAAGCAUGCAAUGCAGUGACCACAUUUAUUCGAUGGCCAGCCAAAAAUCGCUGCUGCUGCUGCUGCUGCUGCAAGGAUAACUGGAGUUAGUGUCAUGGUUUAUGCUCCUUUUGUGGUUCAUUUGUGGCAAGCAUUUGGCGUGUGUAAUGAGUGCGACCCUAUAAUGGCAUUAUCCAGCAACGGUGUUAAAUAAGUUAAGCAUGCGUACACCCUCUCAGUCGCGUGCUGUGUGUGGAUGGCCGUAUUAAUAGGGGUUCGCUAACAGCACUUGCUCCAACGAGUCUUUAACAAGUCGAGUUGGGCCCAAUUGUGUAUUAUUAGCAGAGAAUGGGCCAAAUUGCUGCCUAAUCAAAGAAUUGUUGAAUUUGCCAAAAAGAAAAACUGCGUGGGCUUGAGAAUAACGAUUUUAAAGUUACAAAAACGAAGUUUUACGGAAGUGGUUCAUAAUGACUGUCACAGAACUGAGGGUGAACCACUGAUAUUUUGGGGUUAUGAGUUAUCUCACCGUGUCACCGAGUGUAGUACGUUUGGUUAUCUUAGUCCAGUCACCGUUGAAAGCGACGCUUUCAGCGCUUCUGAAAGCGAUGCGCGAUGUGUUGACCAUCUUAUUUUCAAUGGUUAGAUACCACAGGAAUACUACACGAAAAUACUUCCAAUGACCUCUUGUCUCACGCUUAGCCACACGUCCUGUCACGGAUAACUGUACGUCGCAGUUAAAUAUGUUCAACGUUCAUGGUUGGAAUAUUGCCAAUUUUCAAGUAAAGAAAGGUUUACUUGCGAACAGGCCUCUUAAGUACGAAUGGAUCUACUUGACUACAAUUAUGGCCAAAUUGGGUUACCGCCCUAGUUGUAACUUUCUGACCCUGUGCCCCUAUAGGCCAUAAAGAGCUUCAUAGCUCAUCAGAUUCCUCCUGCAGUAUAAAUAUUAUUCUGUUUUCUAAAGCAGUUUAUGCACCAAUGUUACAUUUAGUAACGACCAUAUUUUAGGGGUGGAAUGGUAACAGAUUCAUCACCGAUGAAUAUGGAUUCGCAAGCUCACUAUACGUGCAUCAAAGUGCGUGUUUAAGUAUCGGUGUGUUUUUAUUUAUGCAUGCUGUGUCAAUGGCUCCAUGCUCCGCAUACAACCACUGGAGGCGCUUUUCUUUCACCCUCUGCGAUGCUUAAAACAUUAAUGAAUGGAAUCAAUGUUUUCAAAUGUACAUGUCAUUAUAUGAACCUUACGGGGGUACCAUAGCACCCCGGCUUUCGCAUAAUGUCCACGAUGCAGUCAUUUUUAGUCUGUUGAUGGUCGGCGAUGCGGCAAUCGACUCAUCUCGACGAGCUGUACACGGAGUAGCACCGAUCUCGGAUUGAUUGGUACCCCAGUCGCGGAGUUAAGUACAUCCCUGGAAAAAAAAUUCCCAGAAAUAAAAUAUUUAAUUUGUACCCCGGGGUACCGCCAUAAGGAUCAUAUCUUGGACUGUUGCACGAGGUGAGUAGCCAACGGUAUGUAGUGGUGGUCGUGGUGAGCGGUAGUGCAGCGAUUAUCAGCUGCCCUACGAACCCGGUUACCCGAGUUCGAUUCCCGCUUGCGACAACACCAGUGACGAUUAUUUAAACCGGUCCUGGGCCUCCCCUAGGAAGACUCCGCCUCAAAUGAGUACCUGGUGUAGUGUGUAAACAUUGCCACUGGGGAGACGAAGGCGGUCGGGCGUGCUGCUGUUUGCUAACAGCACUUUUCCCAACAGUGAGGCUAUACGGGGGGGAUCUUUAUCUGUGGUGUUGGCAUUGUGGGAUUAUUCUUGGCUCUUGUUAAAGAGGCAGGCACCACACUCGGGAUGGAAAGGCGAGUCGUGAGAGACGGUUGAGAGGUGGUUUUGUCGGGUUCACGAAAUUGCGAAUUUUUUUAUCUCGUUGGCAAGUAAGAGACAUUUUAUCGACUUAUUUUUUAACUAUAUUUUUUGUGGUGUUAUCUGUAUUCACGCCAGCACAUUGCAUGCGUUGGUUUCUUAACUUGUAUGUUGUGGAAACAAAUAUAUAUAUAAGCCAGCUUAUAUUACCGUGAUAACCAAGAUAAAAUAAAGUAGCUUUAAAAUUG